CCCAACCCCCGGCCCAGAGGGCUCAGCCACCUACUGUACUGCCUCCCACUGUUCCCGGGUCAUGACCCGACUCGAUUCUUCGGAUUUGACCCAUAGAGCCAUUAGAGCAAACGAUGUCGUUUUUUUGUAGCAAAGUCUGCUCGUUCUCUUAGGUGUCUAUUGUUUUUGUUUUUUGAGAAAAAGGGCGGUGCGAGGUGUCUAUUAGAACCGUCUAGAAUUUUGUGUAGCAGAAGUUUUGAGUUUCUCAAAACGAAUUUUUUCUCUCUUCGUUUUUGUUUUCUGGGUUGAAAGUUGAAACCCACCGCCGUCUCACCGGUCACAACCGUGACGUCACCGCGCGAUACCGGCAGCCGUACGACCGGUCACAACGAUUUCUGAAAACGUUCGUUGAACCAGAAUUGAGUGUUCUUGCACUUUAGGCUAGUCGUCGUGAUUCUGCACCAGUGUUGAUCACCUUUCAAGCCUGAAACAGGUAGAAUAAGCUGUUGAAGUUAAGACCAUUAUGCAAGUUUGAUCAUGUUUUUGAAAAACCAUUAGGGUAUAAAUGGAUUCGGAGUCAAAGCGUCAACAACAAGGAGUUGAUAGAAUUAGUGCAUUGCCAGAUGCACUUGUUUGCCACAUACUGUCAUUCCUUCCUACAAUAUAUGCUGUGUGGACCACCCUUCUGUCUAGGAGAUGGAACAAGUUAUGGAGGUCUCUUCGCAAUUUGGACUUCAAUGACGUAGACUUCCCUACCAAGAGGACUGAUCGUUUUAUGAAAUUUGUUGGUUGUGUACUUUCCUUCCGUGGCUCAUCAGACAUUCGAAAAAUCUGUCUUCACAUCCACCAUUGUGAGAACUUCAGUACUGGGGAUUUCUCUCGCGUUCAGAGGUGGAUUCGUGCUGCCAUUAGGCAUAAUAUUGUUGAACUUGAUCUUUCUCUUUGGUUUCAGUAUCGCAAGAAUGAUGAGUUUCAAAUGCCUCUAAGCCUUUUCAAAUGCAAAACACUUGAGGUUUUGUCAUUGCAUUCAAAUUGCAUUACCUACCCUGCUGCUACAGGAGGGUGUUUCCCAUGCCUCAAGGUCCUCUAUGUAUCAGAUUUUGAUGAUGAUUCAAUGCAGAAACUUUUUUCUCACUUCCCUGUGCUCGAAGAGUUGACUAUUGAUGCACACCUUAGUUUUUACAAUGUUUUGAAUAUCAAAAUCUCUGCACCUGAAUUGAAGACGCUGAGAAUAUUGUUGGACUAUCCCAGCAACAACUAUAAGCGUCCCAACAACAUUUUUAUCAAUGCCCCGAAGCUGGAGAACCUUGAAGUCACAGAUGGUGUUUUAACAAAUUACAAUUUGGAGAGUGCAAAAUGUCCAGAAAGAACUAGGAUUGUAUAUAAUGACAGAUGUCUGAUUGCUGAUGAUGUUUGCUUUCGAGAUAAAGAUGAUGUAUUUGAAGAUGAAGCUCCGAGAUUCACUAACCGCGCAGCUGCUUUACUUACAAAAGUUCACAAUGUUAAAUUUCUGUCUCUUGAUGCUCGUCCUAAAUGUUUGGAGGCUUGGUGUGUACCUGCUUUGGAAAACUUGGUCAAACUGGAGCUGGCUCUUCGGGACUGCUACAACUGGGGAUUGCUAACAGAGUUGCUGAAGAGAUCACCUAAGCUGGAAUAUCUUGGCAUGGAACAUAGAAACACCAGUUUUGAUGAAUGGGAGAUCCCAGAGUGUAAAUGGAAUCCACCCGAGUUUGUGCCUAUUUGUUUGUCAUCAAGCCUUAAGACUAUCUGCGUAAAGGGAUUCAAAGGAGGGCAGCAUGAGAUGGAAGUUGCAAAGUACUUGUUAAAAUACGGUGAAGUUUUGAAUACCAUGAUUAUUUCAACCAAGAAUCGGUUCAAUAGGCAGGAUGGUCAUCCAUAUAAAACGGAGGAAGAGCUAUGCGAGGAAUUUCAUGUGUGUCAAAAGGGUUCAAAGAUUUGCCAAGUUAACUUGAUUUAUGAUGCAGGUUCAUAUUUCUAUUGAAAAGUUCAGUUUUCAGUUCUUGAAGGAUUGGAGUUAAGAACCUUCUUUGUUGAACUUAAGAUGAAUCCAUCUGCUGUAGUUUGUUUUGGAUUGUUUAAAGUUAUUAUCCACCUUUUUAGCUUCUUCUGAAGUGUGAAUUAGGCUCCGGCCUUGCUUGAUUCCUCA